AUGGCAUUGAACAUCUCAAUUACUGAAGCAGUUGAUAUUAAGAAGCAAGACCCACUUGCCAAGCUUAAUGCAUCGAUAAAAAUUCAAAUAGAAGGAAGUGAUGAAGUCGCACAAACAAGGACAAUCAAAAAUACAUUAGGCCCAAGGUGGUAUGAUGUUGUUGUAUUACAUACAACUGAACCAACAGACAAGAAACUUACAAUUCAACUCUUAGAUGAUGAUGAAGUUUUUGCAGAAUGCGAAAUCACUUUAACACCAGAAGUUCUUGGAUCUCUCUUACCAAAUAUGUACCAAAUGAAUGUUGUUAACGAGGAAAAUCCUUGCAAGCCUCGUAUAAGACUUUCAUUUAAAUAUGAUGAUAUAGAAGAGGAAGAUACAAAGGAAAAUGCAGUUCAAGAGGAUGAUUUAGUUGAUCCAGAAGAGAACCAGAACAAGAAUGAUGAAGAAGGCCUUCCAGAAAACCCAGAAGAAGAAUCUCAAAAAGAAACUCCAGAAGAGGAAGAAAAGCACGAAGAAGAGGAGAAACAUGAGGAAGAGAAGCAUGAAGAAGAAGAAAACAAGGUGGAAAAUAAGGAAGAAGAAGAAAUCCACGAAAAGGCCCCAGAAGAAGAGGAAAAGCACGAAGAAGAAGAGAAACAUGAGGAACCAAAGCAAGAGGAGGAAGAAGAAAAGCAUGAAACUGAAAAACACGAAGAAGAAGAGCAAAAUAAGGAAAAUUCAGAGGAACAUAAAGAAGAAGAGGAAAACAAGGAAGAGCAUCAUGAAGAGGAAGAGGAGGAAGAGAAUAAUCAAGAGGAACAAAACAGUUUCGAUCAAACAACAAGAAAUUCAAAUAUUCAGCACAAAACAAUCCUCGAAAAAUCGCAAGAAAGACUACGUAAAAUAGUCGACUUCCAUAAAUCAAAGGAUGAUACAGAAUCUUUCGAUUACGAAAAAAUUGACAGCGAAGCUGCAGAAAUUGCUACACAAAGGAAGGAAUCCCUUCUUAACGCAAUCAAGAAGGGAUUCUGGGAGACAUACGACCAAGAUCAGCAGCAACUCCAGGAAAAUAUCAAUACACUUACAACUGAAAUCAAUGAACUGAAGGGAAGCCAACCAGCAGCAGACCCAUCACAAACAACAUCACCUGUUUCGAAGUAA